GCCGUUCGGACUAGACACAUAUCAGCAACCGGUUUGUUCUUUGAGUAGAUCCGAAGCGUGUCUGAAUCGAGCAAGAUGACGAAGGGAAAGAAGUGGGUUCUGGAGAAGCAUUUCCAGGGAAUGCCCAAGAGGAGCGACAUGAAGAUCGUGGAAUUCGAUCUUCCGCCAAUCAAGGAUGGCUCGGUUCUGUUGGAAGCGGUCUACCUCAGUGUGGAUCCGUAUAUGAGGGUUUUCUCAGCUAGAUUGUCUGAAGGGGUUACAAUGAUCGGUGAGCAGAUUGCGAGGGUGAUCGAGAGCAAGAACGCCGAGUUCCCGGUCGGUACCAACGUGCUGAUCGAGGCUGGCUGGGUCAGCCACUCCGUGUCUGACGGGAAGAAUCUGACCAAGAUACCGCCAUAUCCAGAGGGAGUGCCGCUAUCUCUGGCCUUGGGAACUCUAGGCAUGCCCGGUAUGACAGCCAAUUACGGUUUGGUUGAUGUCUGCUCACCCAAGGCUGGUGAGGUGGUCGUAGUCAGCGGUGCAGCUGGGGCGGUCGGUAACGUGGUGGGACAAAUAGCCAAAAUCAAGGGAUGUAAAGUCAUCGGCUUCGCCGGCUCGGAUGAGAAGGUGGCCUGGCUGAAGCAGCUGGGAUUCGACGAAGCCUUCAACUACAAGAAAAUCAAGGAUCUGGAUGCCACUCUGAAAUCUGUCGCCCCCAACGGCAUUGACAUCUACUAUGAUAAUGUCGGCGGACAGUUUUCCAGCACCGUACUGGACAACAUGGCACGACUCGGACGUAUAGCUUGCUGUGGUUCUAUAUCGUCGUACAACGACACCAAGCCACUCUUGUUGCCCGCAGUGCACGGUACUCUAAUCUUCAAGGAGAUCACCAUGAGAGGUUUCAUCAUUUUUUCCUACCGUGACCGCUACCCAGAAUGGGUCCAACGAAACAUCCAGUGGAUUAAAGAGGGAAAGUUGAAAUACAAAGAGCACGUCACCAAGGGAUACGACAAGAUGUUCGAUGCUUUCGUGGAGCUGUUCUCGGGAACAAACACUGGCAAGGCCGUCGUGGAGGUCUAAACACUCGUGGCUGCGUCGUUGAUAAACCUAGCUGCACUGUAGCUGAUGGAAAGAGAUAGAAUAUAAACGAUGGUUUUGAAGUGAUUUGUUUUAAUGAUUUUUGCCUAUCUUCAGUUUGACUUCAGUUUGGGAACAGAUGUAGAAGCUCAAUUCAGUGGUCUUUAAGGCUGGUACAUACUUCACGCGAACGUCAGUGCGAAGCGAAUAAACUUUAUUCAUGAGUCGACCAUAUUAAAUUGAAAGCGAGGUAAAAUCUUGCGAGAAGUAACGAGAGCAAAAAAUGAUAUAUAAGUUCAUUGCAACGUCUGCUCUGACGAAUAAUUUAAAACACGCACCUAAUGUUUUAAGCCACAUUUAAAACAAAAAAUAAUUCAAAGUGAGGCU